GCCACAAUUCUCUCAUUUCUUCUUCGUUCAGCUCCGACGAGAAAGGGCGAAGAAUCUCGCUCCCUCAAUUUCGCUUCGCCAUCGAUUUUCUUAGGUAAUUUUGGUUACUCUGAGGUCUCUCUCGCUUUAAAUCUCGUCGUUUCUCUCUGUUCUUCAUUUGAUUCUAUUGAUCUGCUACACAGUCUUAUAUAUUCUAAGAGGUUAAAAUGGUUGAACAGACUCAGCACCCCACGAUUCUGCAGAAGGCUUCUGGCCAACUUGUGCGUUCGAGUGUUUCUCAGGACAUUCAUGGUUAUGUUUCGGCUUUCCAGAGACCUGCUACAUACCAGAGGCAUGCAGCUUACGGAAACUACUCGAAUGCUGCGUUUCAAUAUCCUCUUGUGGCUGCAUCUCGGAUUGCAACGACUACGUCUCCUGUGUUUGUCCAAGCUCCAGGAGAGAAAGGAUUUACUAACUUUGCGAUUGAUUUCCUGAUGGGUGGUGUUUCUGCUGCUGUGUCAAAGACUGCUGCUGCUCCCAUUGAGCGUGUCAAGCUUUUGAUUCAAAACCAGGAUGAGAUGCUUAAGGCUGGAAGGCUCUCUGAGCCCUACAAGGGUAUUGGUGACUGUUUUGGCAGGACAAUUAAGGAUGAAGGGUUUGGUUCUCUGUGGAGAGGAAACACCGCUAAUGUUAUCCGUUACUUCCCCACUCAGGCCUUGAACUUUGCAUUCAAAGAUUACUUCAAGAGGCUUUUCAACUUCAAGAAAGACAAGGAUGGAUACUGGAAGUGGUUUGCUGGUAACUUGGCAUCUGGAGGUGCUGCUGGUGCCUCUUCCCUUCUCUUUGUGUACUCUCUUGACUAUGCACGUACCCGUCUUGCCAAUGACUCCAAGUCUGCCAAGAAGGGAGGUGAAAGGCAGUUCAAUGGUCUAGUUGAUGUCUACAAGAAGACCCUCAAGUCAGAUGGUAUUGCUGGACUUUACCGUGGGUUCAACAUCUCCUGUGCUGGUAUCAUUGUCUACCGUGGUCUCUACUUUGGACUGUACGACUCUGUGAAGCCUGUCCUCCUGACUGGUGACUUGCAGGACAGCUUCUUCGCUAGUUUUGCUCUUGGAUGGCUCAUCACCAAUGGUGCGGGUCUUGCGUCCUACCCGAUUGACACGGUUCGUAGAAGAAUGAUGAUGACAUCAGGUGAAGCGGUGAAGUACAAGAGUUCGUUUGAUGCAUUCUCACAGAUCCUGAAGAAGGAAGGAGCCAAGUCUCUGUUCAAGGGUGCUGGUGCCAACAUCCUGCGUGCUGUUGCAGGUGCUGGUGUGCUUGCUGGCUACGACAAGCUGCAGUUAAUCGUCUUCGGCAAGAAGUAUGGAUCUGGAGGUGCCUAAGUACUAAAAUCCCGCAGUGACUAUUAAGCUUUGGCUUUCUUUAUUUUUUUCUCGAUUUACAGUUUCAGGCUUUAAAAAAAAAGAUGUUGAUGAAAUCAAUUUCCCGUAAAAUU